AACAAAUGAGGCGCUGAGCGCAGAGAAAGCCCACCUGGAGCAGCUGCUGAAGAAAGCAGAGGAGCAACAGGAGGGGCUGCAGGCAGAGCUGAGGAUGCUGGCAGAGGAGAAGGCAGAAACCCAAGAGAAACUCAUUGAGGUUCACCGCCAGCAAGAGUCAGCUAGCAGUGGUCUGGAGCAGUUGCGGCAGGAGUCCUCUCGCCAAGGACAAGCACUGGCCAACGUAUCCAAAGAGAAGGAAUUGCUGGCGCACGAGAAGGCUGCCUUAGAGGUGCGACUGGCAGCCACGGAGCGGGACAGACGAGGCCUUGCAGAGCAGCUGGCAGAGGCCAGGGCCGGGAGGGAGACCCUGGAAUCCAGCCUGCUUGAGGCUCAGCAGCGCUUAUGUCAGCUGGAGAUCGCCAGGAGUCAGCUUGAAAUCCAACUUCAGACAGUCAGGCAGGCCAAGGAGGUGAUACAAGGGGAAGCGAAGUGCCUUCAAUGUGAGCUGGAAGCAGAGAGAUCUCUCAUGAAGCAGGAACGGGAAAACAUGGCGCAACAGCUCUUGCGGGCAGAAGAGCAGUAUAACGAUACCCUCAAACUUCGGGAAACGGAUCACGAAGUGGAAAUAAACAAGCUCCUGCAAGAGCUGGCAAGCGAGCGGGAAGGGCACCAUUCAGAACUGCAAGAGAUGCUGCAGAAAUGGGAAAAGGAGAAGGCAGAGACAGAAGGGGAGCACGAGAAGAAGCUGUUUGAUAUGAAGCAGAAAGUUGCUACCAUGGAAGCUGAACAAGAAAAGGAACGAACCAGAGUUGAAAAAGCCAAGCAAGAGGUCCUGCUAGAAAAAGAGAGUGAGAAGGAUGCUUUAUUAGAGACACUACUCCAAACUCAGGGAGAGUUAAGAGAAGCCUGCCAGCAGCUAGAGCAGCUCAGGCAUGAGGUGAAAGAGCAGCAAGAGAAUGGGCAGAACAUCACAGAAAAGCUGCAAGCAGAGCUGCAGGAAACUCAGGGUAAGAUCAAGACAGUGGAAAAGAGGCACAAGGAAGAAAUCAAAACCCUCAAAGAGGAAAUGAAUAUCCUUCUUCAGCAGAGGGAUGUUCUACAAAAACAGGUGGAAGAGUUGACAUCUCAGCUAGCAGCCUCUGAAGAUUCCCAGCAAGUGACUGGCCGCAAAGCUCAGCAAGAUCUGAGUGAGGCUCAGGAACUGUCAAGGCAAAAGGUGCUGGAGGUUGUGCACCUCCAGAAAAUCCUGGAGGAGAAGAGUAGUCAAUGGGAGGAGGUACAACAUCAGAACAAAGAGCUGCAAGUGCGUCUGCGGUCAUUGGAGGGGGAAAGGAGUCAAUGGGAAGAAGUGGAGCGUCACAACACAGAAUUUCAGGCUUUGUUGAAGGUCCUAGAGGGUGAAAAAGACAGGCUGACUCUGUCUCUGGAAGAGAAAGAACUAAGCCUCAGAACCCUGGAAGAAAACAACCUUGCUCAGCACAACGAAGUGUCUCAGCUUCUUUCUGCUAUUCACCAGGCCCAGCAGCUUCAUUCAGACCACAGAAGAGAAAUACAAGAGCUCAACAACCAGAUACAGUCACUGCAGGAAGUAGUGCUGGAGAAAGAGGCUGGCCUGACAACUCGAGAGAAGCAGCUGCUACAGGAUCUGGAGGAGUCCCGAGCAGGUGAACGGUGCCUGAGGGACUCUUUGCACAUGCUGGAGGCUGAGAUGUCUGAGCUACGUUUGAGGCUUUGCAGCACAGAGAACAGAGCAAAGGCAUUGGCGACAGAGUGUCAGCAGGCUAACAGUGCCCACUGUGAAGCCCGAUCCCAGCUGGACAAGCUGCACUUGGUUCUCCAGCGUGUGAUCUGUGAUAGCAGAGACUUAGGCACUUGGAGUUCAGAACAGGGUGAUGUCUGGGGCCUAACUGUUUCUCAGGCCAGGGACCUUCCUGCAGAGCUCACAGUGGACAGAGUGGCAGCAGCCCUACAAGACCUGUGUCAGCACCUGAAGCAGACUCAGCAAGCUCUGAAUGAUGCAAGGAAGAAGACACAGGACUUGGAGCUGGAGCUGAGCAACAGGCAAGCUGAGAGGGACCAUUUCAGUGCCCACAAUCAAGAGCUGCAGAAACAGUUGGCUCAAAGCCAGGAAGAGACACAGAUGGCAGAACACAAGAAGAACUCUCUACAAGCUGCCUUGCAGGAAGAGGCCGCUGCUCUAAAGGAGGAGGCUAUGACUCUACAUCAAGAGGUGGCAUCUUUGGAAAGGAAACUUGAGAGCACUGAGAAGCAAAGAAGGGAUGUCCUGCAUGAACGGGACAGGCUGCAAGCACUUAAAGAAAAACUGGUAUGGGAGAUAAAACUUCUUCAGGAAUCAGUCACAGCCUCCGAAACCCGAGCAAAUGCAGCAACAGAUAGGAAUCACUCCCUUGAACAAGAACUCCAGACUACACUGUCUAUCUUAAAAAUUAAAAAUGAGGAAGUGGAAACACAGUGGGAGAAAAUCCAGAUGCUACAGAAAGAAGCAGCAGAGGUAAAAGCUUUGCAGGAGAGUCUCACUCAUAUGACCGCCAUCAUGUCAGAGAGGGAGGGAGAAAUGAAGUUAUACCAGGAACAGAUGAUAAUGCUGGAAAAGCAGAAAGAAAUGUAUAAAACUACUGUCAGUCAGGUUAUUAAGGACAUAACAGAGACAAAACAGAAGACAGAAUCCCAGCAAGAACACAUACAGGAGCUGGAGAAGCAGCAAGAAAUGCUGAGGACUGCUGUCAGCAACAUGAGCAAAGAGCUAGAAGGGAAGGACCAGGAGGUCAGAUCCCAGCAAGAACUGAUAGCAGAGCUGGAGAAGCACCAAGAAAAGCAGAAGACUAGUGUCAGCAAGGUGACCAAAGAGCUGGAGGAGAGGACCCAGGAGGUCAGAUCCCAGCAAGAACAGAUACGGGAGCUGGAGAAGCAGCAAGAAAUGCUGAGGACUGCUGUCAGCAAGAUGAGCGAAGAGCUGGAGGAGAGAGACCGGGAGAUCCAAUUCCAGGAGGGGAAAAUAAUGAUUCUAGAACGAGACGGUGCAUCACAAGUGAGAAAUCUGCAGGUGGAUCUUGAUCAUAUGAAAGGAAACUUGAAGGAGAAGAAUUUGGAGCUUCUGUCUCUGACCCAGCAGAUCCAAGCGCUGGAAAUGGAGAGAGAACAGGCGAAAUCUCUGCACGCGAGCCUUGGACACCUGAGGGCAGUUCUUAAGGACAGAGAGAGCGAGUGUGAUUCUCAAAGGGAUCAGUUAAGACUCUUGCAGCAGUACAAGGAACAGCAAGAGGGCUACCUGCAAGAGCUUCGUGGUACACUGGAAAAGAUGACCCUUUCUUUAUCUGAAAAGGAUCAAGAGCUUGAGUCGCAACAACAGCAAAUCCGGGAAGCUGAGGAAGUCAUGGAAAUGCAGUUAAGGACUGUCCGUGACCAACUGGAGCAGACCUUAGGAACCUUAAAAGAAAAGGACAGACUCCUAGACAUCCAAAAGCAACAGGCAAGGAGCUAUGCGGAAAAAACAGAAGAACAGAUGAAUGUCUUGCACAGAGACUUAGAGUACACUACAGCAAUACUGAAAGAAAAGGAUUUAAUGAUUGAAUCUCAGAAGGAACUGAUUGAGACCUUCCAAAAAGAAGAGCAAGACUCUGGACAGCAGAAGGAAAUUCUGCAGCAGCUUCAAGUGGCACUGAAGGAAAAAGAACAAGAAAUGUUAUCCCUUAGAAAGCAAUGUGAGGCGUGGAAGGAAAAGGAGGAAAAGCGUGAAGCUGAGCAAACAAAUCUCCAAGCAACAAAGCUGACUCUGAAAGAAAGAGAGGAAAAGAUAGAGGUUCUGGAGGAAGCUCUCUCUAAGCUUCAACAGCAAAAGGAGGAGGCAGCGAGGCAGACCAAAGCCGUACAGCAAAAACUAGAAUACGCUGAAUCUUCUCUAGAAGCGAGAGAUCAAGAGAUAGUGUCUUUGCAAGAGCACGUCCAGGAGCUUCGAGAGCAGAAGGAGUUAGAAGGCAAGCAGGCCAAGAGUCUAGAGCAGGAUCUAGACAAAAUGAGCCAAAUCUUGAAGGAGAACCAUUUGGAGUUCCUCAGGCAGACAGAGCAAAUGAACAUGUUCCGGCUUCGUGAAGAAAGCACGAAAGUAGCACUAACAUCAUGCCAGCAGCAAGUGGAUCUGCUUGAGCAAGCGGUGAGGAAGAGAGAUGAAGACAACGAAACUCUCAUGCAAAAACUCCAGCGCCAAGAAGAAGAACUGAAGACCUUGCAGAAUCUCCAGCCUAGGCUAACCAAGAAGAAUGAAGAGGUUAGGCAUGGCAGAGAGCAAGAGAAGCUCCUGGAAGAAGCCUUGCAUGAGAAGGAGCAAGAGACCAAGGCUGAAGGUGAACUAAAAGAGUUAGAAGAGGAAGUAAGAGCUCUUCGGGAAGAUCUCCAGCAUGUUCAGCCGACUCUGACAAAGAAGGAUGAGGAGAUCGAGAACCACAGAGACAGAGUCGGGUACUUAGAGCAGACUCUGACAGAGAGAGAACAAGAGCUUAGGAGGCAGAGUGAGCUCUUGAAACAAUUAACAUCAGCUUUGCGAUGGAAGGAUGGCGGGGAGACCCUGCAGAAACAAAUCCAGAAACUCCAGAAAUGGGAGGAAGAGGAAGCAGAGAAGCGGCGAGUUCUCCAGGAGAGAGACCGUUCCUUGCAAAGACAGAAGGAGCUAACGCAACAACUGGAGGAUGAGCGGAAAGCCAACGGGGAAGAAUUGGAGCGCACGAUUGCUAUUUUGAAGCAGACCGAGAGCAGAGAAGUCAAAUGGAAAGAGAAGGCACAAGCACUGACUCUUGCCCUUACCAAGAGUGAAAUGGCCAAUGGGACUCUGAGGGAAGAAAUAGCCAUCCUGCAGAGCAUGGUUUCGGAGAGGGACACGGACCGGUUUCAUCAUCAGCAGGCUAUUGCAGAAGGGGAGCAGCUAUCGUGGCUCUCGGAGAAGAGACUCCUGUCACAGCAGCUGGAAUGUCUGCAGCGAGCAGUUGCAAGGCUGGAACUGGAGAAGGCGGAGCUGAAGCAACUCAAUGCUGAGCUCAGGAGGACUCUCGAGCAGGUUUCUGUGACCCUUUCUCCUAUCACCAACGUGCAGGUGGAACGUGAACGGAGGAGACUGAAGAGAUAUCACAGUGGUCGGUCGCUGCCAGAUGCGUGCGGAUUUUUGCUGUCUGACCAGCACAAGAUGGCUGCUUCUAGACAGGAGGAGUCUCACGCUCACUGCAGUCGUCGAUUAGCUGAGUUGCAGAACCAGGUGUCCCUUCUGCAGACGCAGCUGGCACAAGAACGAAAAUACAAGCAGGACUAUAUCGAGCGCUGUGCCAAGACCAGCCAGGAGCUGUCAGACCUUCACCAAGAGCUGUCUCGCUCCUUAGCAGCUGUGGUCAGGGAGCCGAAAGCUGCU